AUGGCGAUGGCAUCAGCCCUUCCUCUCUCUCACCAUCUCGAAAAGUUAGCUUCCCUCCUUGCUCUAACCCAAGCUUUCUCGGCAACUGCCAAAACCUCCACCAACCUGACCCAGGGCACCACCCUCACACCCCUCGGCCCAACCACCUCUUGGCCCUCCCCCUCCGGCGACUUCGCCUUCGGUUUCCGUCCCCUCGACUCCAACGCCUCCCUCUUCGUCCUCGCCAUCUGGUUCAACAUCACCUCUCCCCAGGCCGUUGUCUGGUUUGCCAACGGCGACAACCCGGUCCAGGCCGGGUCCAAGCUCGAGCUCACCUCCGCCGGCCAACUCUCCCUCACCGACCAGUCCGGCAACGAGGUCUGGAACCCCGGCGUCAGCAACGCCACCUACGCCGCCCUCCUCGACUCCGGCAACCUCAUCCUCGUCUCCUCCAGCUCUUCCUCCUCUCCGUGGCAGAGCUUCGCCUCGCCGAAGGACACCCUCCUCCCGGGCCAAGCCCUAUGGGCAGGAUCCAGUCUCCGGUCACGGCUGACAGACUUGGACUACUCCGAAGGCCGCUUCUCCCUCGUCGCCCAGAACAACGGCAACCUGGUGCUCUACCCGUUGGCGCUGCCGGCCGGAAACUUAUACCAGUCCUACUGGGCCACCAACACCGUGGGCUCCGGCUCCGGUUCCCGGCUAGUCUUCAACGAGUCCGGCAGCCUUUACUAUGCUCUCACAAACGAUACACAAAUCAACAUCUUCUCCACCGGCAGCUCCUACUCGACCAAAAACUUCUACCAGAGGGCGACGCUCGACCCCGAUGGCGUCUUUACGCUAGACGUCUAUCCGAAGAACGCAUCCAACGGGCAGCAGAAAUGGCAGGUGGGGAGAAUAGUCCCGCCGGACAUUUGCACCAGCAUCAGGAACGAUUACGGGAGCGGGUCCUGUGGAUACAACAGCUAUUGUGUGUCGAACGGCGAUGAUCAGAAGCCUUACUGCCUGUGCCCGCCCAACUAUUCAUUCAUCGAUUCCACGAGGGAGUACUUGGGUUGCAUGCCCAACUUCGCGCCGCAGAGCUGCGAGCAUGACGAAACAGAUUUGUUCAACUUCGAGAUGCUCAGCGAAACCGACUGGCCGCUGUCAGACUACGAGCAUUACACGAACGUGAGCGAAGACCAGUGCAGAGAGUACUGCCGCAGCGAUUGCAUGUGCGCCGUGACCAUCUUUAAUGGUGGACAGUGCUAUAAGAAGAAGCUCCCCCUUUCCAACGGGAGGCAGACGGGGUCUUUCGGCGGGACAGCUCUGAUCAAAGUGGCCAUAGGCAACGCUUCCCUGCCCCAGUCGCCCAGUUCGACUGUAACUGUCGAGAAGAAGAAUCAGAGAACUUUAAUUCUAGUUGUAUCAUUGCUUCUGGGGAGCUCCGGGUUUCUCAAUAUGGUGUUGCUUGGUGUGAUCUCGGUGAAUGGCCUCUGUCGCUAUGCAAACAGGAGGCCGAUUAAACCAGUAUCGGGCAUGUCGGGAAUGAACAUAAGAGUUUUCACUUACAGAGAGCUCGAGCGGGCUACAAAUGGAUUUAGUGAGGAAUUGGGCGGUGGAUCAUUUGGAAGGGUCUAUAAGGGGUCAUUGGCAUUGGAGUCAAGAACGUGGAUCGCAGUGAAGAAGUUAGACAGGCUGCUCCACGACAGCGACAAGGAAUUCAUGAAUGAGGUGAGAUCGAUCGGCCAGACUCACCACAAAAAUUUGGUUAGAUUGCUCGGUUUCUGCGACGAAGGGGUGCAUCGGCUUCUAGUAUACGAGUACAUGAGCAAUGGAUCAUUGAACAGUUUUCUGUUCCGGAGUGAGAGACCGCAAUGGAGCCAGCGAACAAAAAUCGCAUUGGGGAUUGCCAGGGGACUCCUAUACUUGCAUGAAGAGUGCAGCGCUCCGAUUAUCCACUGUGAUAUAAAGCCAGAAAACAUACUGCUAGAUGACAAUUUUGUUGCUAGGAUAUCCGAUUUUGGGAAAAGCUUGGAGCGAGGGGUGGGAAAUGAGGUGGUGAUGGUGCUCGCUUAUUGGGCUUAUGACUACUAUAGAGAAGGGAGGUUGGACGUCUUGGUGGAGAAUGAUGAAGAGGCUAUGGCUGACAUAAGUGUAGUGGAGAGAUUUGUAAUGGUGGCCAUGUGGUGCAUCCAGGAAGAACCAUCUCUAAGACCGUCAAUGCAGAAGGUGAUUCAGGUGCUAGAAGGAGCGGUUGCGGUUCCUGCUCCCCCUGACCCUUCCUCCUACUCCAGUUCAAUCCGCUGA